AUGAUUUUAACAAAAUCUAAAGCCCACUCUACAUUUUGUAAAAUUGUAAAAAUAAUUAACAACAUCAAUAAUAGGAAUAAAUAUUCAUUUCAAAAGAUACAUAGUAGGGCUCACUAUUUUUCAUUUUAUAAUGAACAUAGCCAAAAUCAGGAAGAUAAAAAUGAAGGGAAAAAAUGUGUGCGUCACUUUUUGAGAUUUCACAAGGAAUUAGAAUAUUUAGUAAAUAAGGAAUUAUCAAAUGAUAGCUAUAUUGAUAAUAAAACUUUUUCAUUCAAUAUACCAAAUCAUGGAAACAAUGGAAAUGCUCAGCUAGCUAUCGAAAAUAAUCAAAAGUGUGAUAUGGCUAGUAAGACAAAUCAAAUGGAAAUAGAGUCUCAGACCGAAACAACCUGUUCUUAUCAAACAUGCAAAGAAAUAGUAAAUAAACACGUAGAAAAAAGUGUAGGAUUAAUAUAUAAGACAAUUGAAGGAUUGAGUCUAAAGGAUAUAUAUUAUUUAUAUGAAAAAAUAAGUAAUAAAGAGUUGUUUAUUGUGUUUGUUAUAAAAUUGUUAAAUAAUGAUGGUACUAAAGAAAAUAUUAAUAGUGUGAUAAAAAAUAAUUUUAAUAUUGGGAGAAAAGUUAAUACACAUAAUAAAUUAAAUAUAGAUAAUUUAUUAUAUUCAUUUUUUAUUUGUUCUGAUUUUUAUAUUCGUAAAGCUAAUAUUCUUAUUUAUAAAAAUAUCGACUUUUUUAAUGAUAUCCAAAUUGUUUGCAAAAAUUUAUUAGUAUACCUUUUUGAUAGAAUAAAUAAAAAUAAUUCACAGUUAAAAUUUAAAGAACUUAAUCAAGUAUUUAUUAUAUCUAUGAAAUUGGAAAGAAAUUAUCCAAAUUUAUUUUCAACUAAUAAUAUUAACGAGCUAGCAAGGAUGUUAUCCUUCCGUUUUUUUCAAAUAAAUCAAAAAGAAGAAGACAAAAAAUGUGUUAUUAAUAAUGGAACAAAAAAUGGUAGAAGUUUUAUUGACCUGCCUAUUAACAUAGGAGAUGUGAGCAAAUUGUUGUAUGAACUCAUAAUUGAUAAUAAAGAAAUUUCGAAAAUAAAUAAAAACAAUGAUAUGAUGGAAAAUAUACAAAAUGAAGAACAUAUAAAUUUAAUAAAAAAUAUAUUAACACAUUCAGUAAAAGAAUUAAAAAAUCAUGAUAUAGUGAAAGAUAUUUUUUUUGCAAAAAAUAUUAUUUCUAUAUUAUAUAGUUUAACACAUAUAUCUAAUAAAUGUUUUCAUAAUAUUUUUGUUGAAAUAUUUGAAAAUAGUUUAAAUUUUUUUUAUUUAUUUUUCUUGUCUACAAAUAAAGAGAAUAAAAAUCAAGUCAUCACAGCAAGUUGUUACGAUCUAAAUGUAUUAAUAAAAAAUAUAUCAAACCAAUUCAACUUUUAUUUUGACAAAGAAAAAGAUGAAAAUGUUGAAGAAGUAAAGAAAAACUUAGACGAAAAAAUAAAAAAUAUUACUCUAUCAAAUAGAUCUAAUUCAAAAUCAGAGUUUUCAUACAUUUUAACAAUAAAAAAUUUGGGGUCUAAAAUACGUGAUGAAUUUACUAUUGAAGAAAUUGUGAAAUUUAUUUAUUCUUUAACAUUUUAUCAAAAAAAAUUAUAUAAUCCUACCUCUUGUAACUUUAAUAAAAAGGAAAAAAUCAGGGAUAUACUCACAAAAUUUUUAAUCCCAACCAUUUAUGAUAUGGUUGAAAGGGAUUUAUAUAAAUUAGUUUUACAUAUGAAUAUGCCAAAAAAAAGUAAAGGAAAAGAACAAAAUUUCAAUAGUCAUAUAACUAGGGGAAACACACCAAAUUUGGAUCCAAGCACCCUUUCAAAAGGCUUGACAUAUAAUUCGAAAAAAAAAAAUGAAUUAGUAAACAUAUAUGAUGAAAAUUAUAUUUUAAAAUAUUUAAGUCAUUUAAUUAAUAUAUAUUAUGAGCAUAAAUUUAUUGAUUUACAAAUUUUUUUUCUCACUAUAGUUAUCUUAUCAAAAUUUAAAAAUAUCGAUUUAGUAAUAUUGAGUAAUAUUUUAAAUAUAUGCUCAAAAUCGAAUUAUUUUUAUGAUACAUUUUUUGUAAGCUUUUAUAUUUUUAACUGUUUUGAUGGAAAAAAAUGGAAUGACAUUUUGAGAGACCCAACAACAAAUACUAUAAGGAUAGGUAGCAUUUGGAAAAGGUUUUUGAAAAAUAUAAAAACAAGAGCAUCGAAUGAAAAAGAGCUAAAUAAAAUGUAUCCUGUAAAUAUAAUUAAAAUUAUGAAUGGAUUAAUAUAUUAUAAAUGUUUGGAUAGAAAAAUGAUCGAAAUAAUUAUCAAAAUUAUAUCCCAAAAUGAUUUAAGUAGUAAUGAAAAUGUAGCAGUAGAUAAUACAACAACACAAAUAAAGUUAGCAAAUGAAAAGGACAAGUUUAAUUUGGUUUGCUUGAGCUCAGUUUUGAAUUAUAUGAGUUAUACAGAAAAUAUACAAAGCUAUGAUAUGAAAGUAAAACUUGUAAAAAUAAUAAAAGAAAAAAUACUAAAGAAUAAUAUAAAGGAUAAUAACAGAUUAUUAUGCAGUAUAUAUAUAAGUUAUGGACGAUUAAAUAUUUAUGACAAAUCAUUAUUUUAUAAUAUUUAUAAAAAGCUAGACAUUAAAAAAUUAAGUCUUUUAAAUAUAUUAAGUAUAUUAUCUUAUUUAAAUAAAAUGGGGAUUUAUGAUGGGAAAAUAUUACGUACAUGUUUUAAUUACACCUUUGAACAAAACAAAAAUAAAAUUAUUUUAUAUAAUACAUCAUUGAUGAUACAUUUAUUUUUUAUUCUGACGUCUAUAUGUCAGUUAUAUUUAUAUGAUAAUAUACACACUGUCUUGACUCAUAUAUUGCACAUAAUUAAUUGUGUCUAUAUGAAUAGUAAGCAAAGUGGGCACAAGCAAAACAGAAAGAGAUUAAAGCAAAAUGAAAUAAACCUACUUUCCAAUUUCACUAACGAUAGUAAUAGUCUACCUAUGAAUUAUCACUUUUAUUCGAUGCUUUAUAUAAGCUUACAAUCAUUUUAUUUAUUUUUUUUAAAUGAAAAAUUUAGUCCUAACACUAGUUUUAUAAAUCAAAUAAAUAUUAAAUAUUUGCGUAUAAUAAAUUAUUUAAUAGAUCAAAAAUAUGAUCAAUAUUAUUCAAUUAAACCAACAAAUUCAGAUAUUCAAAAAAAGGUUAUGGCCCUUUUAAAACAUACCCUUAAAAAUAAAAAUGUCCAAAUUGUUUAUGAAUAUUAUUUGACUCCCAUUCCAUAUCUUAUUGAUAUGGUUAUUCUACCCAAAUAA